AUGGUCGACUCUAUCGAAAAAGCUACUGAAGAUGAAUAUCAAUUAGAACUAGAAUGUAUGGCAGACUCCACACCUCCGCAAACAAUGAAACACAGACGAACAUGGAUGAAUGUUUCAUUUCUAUUUCAAAAGAAAAUCCUAUGGAUAUCGUUUUUACUAUUAGCGAUUGUCGGUGUUUCUACGGUUGUUUGGAUUUCGAACCAUUCAACUAGGGAGAAAGAUAUGGAAAAUGAUGAAAAGUUACCCCAAUUACGAUCAUAUACGUCGGAAGAUAGAUUUCGAGAACGUGAUGAUAUUGGCUAUAUGAAUGUUUUUCUUCGCAAAGAUGCUGAUGAUAGACGACGUCAACCAGAACGAUUCCGAUUUCCUGUUGCUCGUUUUAAUCGUCGACAAAUUCCUUUAAAUGGUCCAUUUUUCCAUUUUAUGCCACGAGUGCCAAUAUUUGCCGAUCGACUAACCAAACAAACAUUGAUUUUCUCCGUGUCAGGAGGAGUUUACAUUUUACCACCACUGGUGAACACCUAUGGUCAAUUAUUCUCCGUCGCAGAACUCAUUGCAUCUGGUUAUGCAAGUCUUGUCAGCAGCGGAAGUUUACCAACUGGACCAAUUAAUAUGCUUCCAUUUUUUAAUCCAACACCAUUAAUUGGUCCAAAUAUUCCAAUAUUUCGACCAGGUCAAGGUGGUUUUCGUGGAAGUGUUCGUACAAAACUUGAAUCUUUAUCCAUUCCGAAAGAUUACUAUCGAUCAUCAAAUCUUCAUUCGACAAUUGAGAUGGAUGAAAAUGAAAACGAUAGUGAAGAUAAUGAUGAUGAUGAGGAUGAUUAUGAUCCACCAUCUCGUUUCUACAAUAGACCACCACGACGAACCACGACAGCAGUUGCAACUUCUACAUAUUCGAAUACGAUUGUGAAAGUUCAGAAGAAAUUAAAAGAAGCCACGGUAAGAUUUCUGAAUACAAUCAAACAAGGGAUCUGCGUAGAAAUGAUCCUAAAUGCCACUGUUCGUAAUCAAUAUAUAUCAUCCAAUUUAAUUGGUCGUGUCCAACCUGUUGGAACAUUUUUAACAACUGACACGGCAACAGAAUAUUUAUAUGGUCUUUUGUGUGCUAUUCCAAAUUUACCACCAAGAUCAAUUUUAAUUGAUACCCUAGAUUUAUUACAAUGGGGAUUUGAUCCAAACUAUUAUCGAACCUUCUUUAAACUCCAAAUAAAUUUACAAUCGACCAAAAAAGUAACGUUUUCGACAAUGAUAGCUUUUGAUGAACAAUUCAAAGUAUGUGGAUAUGAAGCUGUGGUCCCAAAUGCAGGUUUAACAUUCGAUUUAGCUCCAGAAGAACAUACUUUUGUGAUUUCAAAUCUAUGCCAAGCAAUACAAAUAACUUGUCCUGUCGGCUCAUCAAAUCAACAAUAUACAGAUGUCAAUGAAUGUAUCUCAUUUUUGAGUGAACCACAAACUCCAUUUGGAUCAUAUGAUCGAGCCGACCAAAAUAAUGUUGUUUGUCGAUUAAUUCAUAUUCAAUUAGCAGCAAUCGCACCAGCUAUUCAUUGUCCACAUGUUGGUAAAACUGGUGGAGGUGCAUGUACAAAUAAAACAUCACAAUCAUAUUUUGAAGAAACGUCAGACUUUGUCAGUUGCGCAUAUCAAUAUCAAAAAUAA